UCGUCGUGUACCAAAUCUCCUUAAAUUAUCACCAACGGAAUUCUUCACGAAUAUCCGUAUCGACUUGCCUUCCUUAUUUCUCCAUUCUUGUCGAUGACGGCGAUGACGACAAAGGGGACUGAAGAGAGGUCGUCCCAAUGCUCAUUGGCACCUCCAGCGGAGAUAAAGAUCCCAAGCACCCCAAUUCCUUCUCGGGUUAGUCUAUUAGCCUCUCCAGGUCGGCCAGCCGUCGACCAAUGCCAAUACCCCCCCAUGUCUGAUCAGCUCCGCUCGCCUGUCCCACGAAAAUCUUCUUCAUCCAAUAUGACUCCCCCUCCAUCAACGUCACAACAUAUGGGCGAUGCUGCAGCUACUCCCUUCCGUCGACCACGCUCAGAUUCAGACACCUUCCUCGCUUCACCACCGGCCACCAUUGACAAAACACUCUGCGUAGCAUAUGGCGCGUCAGUAGAUCUCCCAUCCUCGAGAGAUAUCGACAAUGCAGAUGAGGUGCAAUUACGAAAAGUUGCAAAAGAACUGCUCGUAUUUGCACAGGAGUUCCGCAUGUCAGCUGCUCACUUCAAACUUCAACACAGCCUCUUAUCGCUCACCAGCAGUGAGGCGAUAAACAAAGCCGAAGUGGAACAGCGGCUGGCAAAAAGGGAAGUCGAGAUUUUGCAGAGUAUAGAAUAUCGCCAUCGACGCGGCCUCAGCUUGGAGAAAUCCCCUGAAUUGUCUCCCAAACCUCGUCAGGCAGAUGCCACACUGAGACGGAUCAAAGAGCUCGAGGACGCGAACGUCACACUGGAACGCCGUUUGCGUCGAGCUAAACGAAUAAUUGAAGAUGAAACCGACAAGAACGAGCUGCUCUUCGAGGAGAACAGCCGUCUUAAGAAGCGCAUACGUGAAAAUCGUGAGCACUUUACUCUUAUGCUGGGCCAUGCAUCUCUGGCAUCCAGUCCACAAACCGAAUUUCUCACCCCUCAAAGAAAAACUACUACUCCUCGAUACCCAGAUAGUGGCCGAAGUCAUGUGAGCGGAGUUGGCAGCCAGGAUCCGAUCGCUGCACUACUUGCAGCCGGCCAAGUUUUGCAUGGAGAAAACGUCAGCGUGCACUCUACACCAUCGCGAAGUCAUUCCCACAAACACAACAGUCACUCCCACCGCUACUCCCACUCCCACUCCCAACCCCACAACCAUAACCAUAACCACAACCACCACCAGGACCGCACCUGCGGGACCCACCCCGUAUCCUCCCUUCCUGUAACCCCGCAACGAUCCUGUGCCAGAGAAUCCCAAGGACAUUUCUUCACUCCAAUCAACAAACGGACCCCAAACUCUCGUCACAGCAACCACCACAACGAUUCUACUUCAAUCUCACUCCGUGAGGGCGAAGAGCUUGACCGUCAUGAUCGCGAUAGCACGAUAUCCGCAUCUGACGAUGACGACGAAGAGGCACUUACCGACCAAGACGUCCCCGCUUCGCAGGCCAGCUCGCUAGCUACGAGCAUGCUCCGCCGGUAUCCUGGCGGCAGCAGCAGCCAGGAGCAACAGCAUCAUCGCCAACAUCAUAGUUCGAAUAUUUCUAAAUCUAGCUCUAUCCUACAAAGCAAGUUGUUUGGGCAUGUUAAGAAGGCAGGCGUUGAGCGGGAGAGUAGUGGAGAUAAGUGUAAUAAUAUCCUGAAGCGGAAAUCUAUUAGUUAUGGCAAUGGCGAUAGCGGGGAGGAGAUUGCGGCUAAGAGGCAAAGGUUUGGAGAGCAGGUUGGGCUCGGAAUUCAGUCUUGAGUCCUUUCCUUUUGGUUAUUUGUUCCUUUCUGGGGAGCCUUUCUUUUGCUCUUUGCUUUUUUGUGUCAUGUUGAUGGUUGAUAUGAUGAGUCUUGUCUUUUGGUUUUCCUAUGCUCAUUUUGUCUUUUUCUCCUUUGUUUUACAAUCUACGGAUUUUCCUGUUCGAAAUAUUUCAAUUUCGUUAUCACCCCUUUUAACGUUUGGUUAGUUGAUCAGGGGAACUGAUCUACUAUUUUUUCGACCUAUGACUUCAUGAAACGUCCACGAUGAUAUUUUUCUUUCCCCUCCUGUUUUCCCUUUUAUUUUGUCUUGCGAUAUGCGAUUGUAACGACCGAACUUGACACAGAAGACAAAACUCUGGCAAGGGCUUUCUAACGACUUUUGGUUUUCCGUUGUCUCGUUAUUCCAAAUGUGGAACCUUUUCCAUGUUUAUAUUUUUCAUUCAUACUUCUUGGGUAUUUUCUUUCUUGAGAUGAAAUAAAUGUGCUCGGAUGUG